AUGGCGGCGGCCUUGUUGCUCAAGUGCCGUCGCCUGCUCCUCGCCCCGCUGCGCCUGCGAUGUUCUGCUAUCGGUGCCUUCAAGCACCAACGUUUCGCGCAACGGGGGUGCUUCCUCCCUGCUCGGGAUACCCUCCGACAGGGGGGAAGUGUUCCCGUUGCGCCAGGAUGCAUCAGUCCUGUCUUUCGGUACGUUGGUUUUCCGUGUUUCUUGCUGGACGCAUCUGUUGACUUUGCUCUUUGGCAGUUCCCGGCACGUCGUGUCGUGCUUUUGUCCCGUGCCGCCGACCGCGCCCCCGCCACCAGCAAGGCUGCGUCCUUGCCGGCCGUCGUCGCCGCGGCCCGGGCCUUCAAAGCUUGA